ACUUGGUGGAAGAGGUUGUACAACUUCACAUCUACAACCACUCAGACAUCACUCUUUGCCUGGCUGAGAUGAAAGUCCAGUGAGCAGCUUAGUCCCUGGAUCCUGGGAAACACAGAGUCAGACAACUUUGACUGGUAGCUCCCMUCACUGUUCUCUGGAGGUGUGUGCUGGCAGCUGCAGGGGUCAAAGCACCGGAAGGAGUGAGGAUGAAUGGAUGAAGCGUGGUGGAAGCACGCACAGCCUGGAAUUUGAGCUUUAAUGAGUGUUGGGAAAAAGGAGGCCAGGCACUGCUUCUCCAAGACAACUGUUCCAGCGUGUCUGCAGGAUGACAUGAACUGGGGAAGGGCCUGGUUGGGAUGUGAUUAAAGAGAUUGAAAACCUAGAAUGGCAGGAGAACAGAAGCCGUCCUGUAAUCUUCUAGAGCAGUUUAUUUUACUAGCSAAAGGUACAAGUGGCUCUGCUCUGACUGCUCUUAUAAAUCAAGUGCUGGAGGCUCCUGGGGUUUAUGUCUUCGGAGAGCUGUUGGAGUUAACAAAUGUGCAAGAGCUUGCUGAGGGGUCUAAUGCUGCUUAUUUGCAGCUGCUGAACCUGUUUGCAUAUGGAACAUACCGGGACUAUGUAGCAAACAAAGAUAACCUCCCUGAAUUAACAGUGACUCAGAAAAAUAAGCUGAAACACUUGACGAUCGUAAGCCUGGCUUCCCGAAUGAAGUGCAUUCCCUAUUCUGUGUUGCUGAAGGACCUGGACAUGAGGAAUCUGAGGGAGCUGGAAGAUCUCAUUAUUGAAGCGGUUUAUACAGAUAUUAUCCAAGGGAAGUUGGAUCAACGAAACCAGGUGUUGGAGGUGGAUUUUUGUAUCGGCAGAGACAUUCAGAAGAAGGACAUCAGUAACAUUGUCAAAACACUCCAGGAAUGGUGCGAUGGUUGUGAAGCAGUUCUUUUAGGAAUUGAGCAGCAAGUACUUAGAGCCAAUCAGUACAAAGAGAACCAUCACCGAACUCAGCAGCAGGUAGAGAUGGAGGUCACAAACAUAAAGAAAACAUUAAAAGCUACGGCCUCGUCGUCUGCACAGGAGAUGGAACAGCAGCUGGUAGAGCGAGAGUGCCCUCCACACACAGAACAAAGGCAGCCCACAAAGAAGAUGUCCAAAGUCAAAGGGCUGGUCUCCAGCCGCCACUAGAACAUGCCAUCUAAGUCAUUCAGUUAGGAAUGACAACAGGAGGAGCAAAAAGGGCCUGCGUCUCCUUUUUCAGUGGGUUCUGGGCCAGUCCCUUCCCGGCUGGCAAGUAAAAACCUUGUUUGAAUACAGCUCCCAGUUAGCAGCACCUGGUUAAGUUACACUGUGCAGCCCCUAGGAAUUUUCAGGGUGUCCCUGUUCUGGUCCUGUCUAGAAGGACUUUUAAAGAAAGGGACUAACCAAGAGGGGCAGGAAAAAACCAAAAUAUCUGUGGACCAUUUUGCUCCCUCCCAGCUAGUUUCAUUGCUGCUUAACCUUGAGGAAGCUGCUGUACUGAAACAGAUCAUGGGAUAGCUUCUAUUACAAGUGUCUGAAUCCCAGGGUUGAAGUGUGGCUACCAAAGCCAGGCUGGGAGCGAGGAAGCCAUCAACACAGAUCUUUUUAUUCCCAUAGGGAGCGCAGGAGGKUUUCUAGGCCAGGAACUGCUUUACAUGGAAGUCUUCAGCCUUUCCACUACCCCUGUCUAUUUUAAACUGGGGUGAAAUUCACACUACCUCGCUCUGUGAAGAUGAGUUCCAGUGCUGGGCUGUUUACUUAACUGUCUGUUUACUGCCCUUACUAAGCCCUUUAAUCUCUCACAGAUUUAAAGCACUGUUCUGCAUCUCUGAGGCAUCAGUACAAUAAGGAGGAAGCAGGCUGCUCUUUCACACGGUCCUUGCAGGUGGUUAGGGGCAUGCUAGAAACUGUUCCUCCUGAAUGUGAUGUGACCUCCCAGAGCUGCUUGUGAGUUGUUUCCCCCAUUGGUACCUUCAAAGGGUAAUGCAUUCGCUCUUCCUUGGAUGCUGGCGACAGUGGGAGAGGAGCCUGUUUGGCAUCGAGGCAGGCUGGUGGCCYAGGACCCACUGGCAGGGGUCGCAGCAGCAUCCCCUUGCUGAAGCAAUGGACUUGACUAGUCUUUCUGAAUUUUGAACAUUUUCAGGUUGUAUUUUCCUUCCUUUUUUUUUUUUUGUACAUUGUUGUGAUUCUAAAGCAUUUCAGCCUUUGUUUUGUGGGGUUUUUUAUUUGUUACGAACUAAUUUCAGGUGAUUUGCACCUAGUUUGGCAAGGUGUGGGGUUUUUUUUAAGGGGGAAGCAUUGGAACAGCAAUUCAUAAAAAAGCACAUUUUAGAAAAAAAAUUAAAAAUACUGAUUUAAUGUCAGAGUCUGGAGUCUUGACUUUGAGGCUGCUUUAGUCUUGUUGUCCAAUGGUACUUGUUUACUUGAGCAUUUAUUUGAUUCUUGGUGUACAUUGUCUGAAGGUCUAACUGUGCUCCCUGAUGCAUCUGGGAGACAGGGAAGCCUCUUCAUGUUUUGUGAGUCGUUCAUCAUUGUCCAGAUUUGUGCAGAAGGAUCUGACAAAGCUGGUAGCUGAGCCCCGUGUCCUGAGCUUGAACAGCUUUGAUGCCUGGUUGUGGAAGGUUUGUAGCUGUGCUCUGUCUUAGGCCAGUUGAUUCCUUYCUUUGGGUCUUGCAGAGUGCUGCUUUAUAGUUUGGCCCCUGCCUUUCACUUCUAUAAAGAGAAGUGCUUUCCCUGAGCAGGCAGGGGAGCUGUUUAAGCAGAGGACUGUGACAAUGCUCCAGUCCUGCAGCCAGCUGUCACCUGCACUUGCUCGUGCAACGCACGUGCCUUCCUCUUACUGCUACCAGGACUCUGCCAUCUGCAUGUUUGCAGUCCUUAGUCACAGGACUUGCUCACUUGUGAAAGUAAAUCCCUCUCCUUUUCUUCUGCAGUGCAGGCACACCAACUUUUAAUCUGGAGAGGAAGAUCUAAAUACCCUCCCUCCAGCUUCCUCUGGGUUAAGUCCCAGAAACUUCUGAUUCUGGUCAGGCUUCUGAUUCUUUACCAGCUCUCUCCCGCUAGAAAUGCAACAAGGAUGUUAAGUGACUAAGCCCAGAGCACGAAGCCUUCACCAAUAACUCAASGUAACUGUUUCCUAAGCAGUGACAGCAUUAGCUCCUGUUUCAGCUUCUUCCAGUAUUUAGGUGACAGCUUCUCAGGAGGUGCAGGUGGACCUUGUGUCCCCAAGUCUGUGUGAUGGAAAUGGAGUGGGUCUGUUUCUGGUUUGCUGCGUGGACAGCUGUAACAUACAGGUCUCCCKGUUUCUCACUGGGUUUGACUAGAGAGGAGAGGCUCUGGUCCUCUCUGCUUUCCAUUUUUAAUAUCAGUCUUGCRAAGAGGYAGGAGGAAUACAAAUGCCUUUGGGGAAUCAUUUUAGCUCCUCAUCAAGCUGCAGUCUUCUGGGGAAAUAGAUGUGAGUUUGGCACACUUGGUGUUUAUCCCCUGCCAGUUGCAGGAGUCACAUUAGUUUGCUGAAGCUUUAGUGUGUUGGAGGUUUCUGAGUUGGUUCUUACGUUCUUGCUGUUCUCAAAGCCUGGCUGGGGGUGAGGAUCUUAUUUAUGCUUUGGUAUGCCUUGCCUUUGAUCAGCAAAGAAGCAAGGGAGGAAAUAGCACUUUGAAUAAAGAGCUGUUCCRUGUCUGAUGGCAACAGAGGAUGGAGAAGGGGUACUGGAGGAGUUGGAGUUGUUUGUGUGUUUGGCUUCCCUGGUGUGCCAGCGAAGGGCUUUUGCCGCAAAAGGAGGGGGACGUCUGCAAUGAGCCCAGGCUGAGAUGAGUCAUUAACAAAUGACAUGCACAGAGUACCUGGGGGAGGCAGACAGCUCUGCAGCAGCUGGUUAAUGAAUCUGGCUUGAAGGAAAGAGUUAGAAGCUAUUCCAGGAAUGAAGCAGAAGACAGAGUUGUUAACGAGCAAGGAUGCAGGAGGUGCUGUGCUGUUUGAGAAGGACAACAGAUAAAAACUGCAUUGACUCCUUGUGACUACAGGAAGGGCAGCAGCUCAGAGCAGAGYUGUGUGAAUUAGGGGCUGGUGGGGGUUGAAUUGUGGGCAGUUUCCAGCCAGGGAGCUGUACUGCUAUGGGUAUGAGAGGGAGGUGGAAGCAGAGGCAGAUUUGAUGCAAACUUCCGUAGAUUGCUUGUGCCUGCUGGAGGCAGCUAGCACAGCUUGUCUGAGCACUGCUGGACACUGUUCCCUGGUGCAGGCUGAGCAUCCUGCCCUGCUUUGGUUUAUGGCAGCGAUGGGAUGCUCCAGCUGCAGCUCGCUCCAAGAUUGCAGCAGGACAGACUUUGAGCUAUUGAACUUCUGUUUGCCUUUUCYACCCAGAGGGAGAGAAAGUGGAUGGAACUGCCUCCCCUCUGCUCUUCAGGGCUUUAUUGUCUAGCUUUGUGUUCUGCAGUUCCACUUGUACUAUUGCUUGUUUAAUAUGGGAUUGAGCACUGAGCUGGAAAAUGGAAGAGAGGAUCUCAGCUGAUURCAGUGCUGGUAGGCUGCCCUAGCCCUAAAGCUGUGCCUCAUGCUAACAAAUGUCCCUGGCAUUCUUGCCAUGACUCAGUUGAUAUCAGCUAACAUCAGGCAAUUCUGAAACAUGAUGUCAGUCUUUUACAAAAAAAAAAAAAAAGAAGUUUGGAUUGAAWUCUCUUCUUCUUUUGCUUCCCUCCUCACCUUCUUAGCUAAGCUGAAUGCUAACUUACUCUUGUGUUGAUAGCAGAAGGCUAAAUCAGUGAUGCUGACAGACCCUUCUGUGUUCAGAUUUGAGACCUGUCCUGCAAUCAAUCUUGUGCAGACCUAGGAAAUGCCAUGGRUGCUUUGUGGAGCUGCUCUCAGGCUUGCAGGUCUCUCUCUGUGGAUCAUGUACAGGAAUAGGACCUGCAGAGCUGCUCUCCAGAGUGAAGCUGGGGAAAGUGAAGACACUGUGGAAAGAAAUGGCCGUUUUCUCACCUGCCCCACAAAGUGAACUUUGUUGAACAUCUUUCAGUUCCUGAAAGAAUGGAAAAGGAUGYCUGUCCCCUUAUCUUUGAUAGCUGUAUUAGAACAUAACCAAUCAUGUGGGUAAACCAGACUUUACCUAAACCUUCAGUCCUGUACAGGUUUAUAUGAGUGCACCUAAGCUGGAAACCACACAAAGCCCAUCCCUGCACAGUGAAACAGUUGAAGUUUGUACAUUUGUAGAGCUGUUGGUGCUGGGGUUUGUUACUUCUGGGUCUGAGCCUGCUGCAAACUGCAAUCAGGAAAACAACCUUUYUCUUUAUCAUUCUAAAUAAUGAGACAAUGAAGAAAUUUAAGAGCCUGCCCCACAAAUACAUAGACCCARCUAGCCAGACCUUGGACACCUGGUYACAAACAAAGUUUCCUGUUGUUUUUUUCCACCCCAUUAAGUCCUCUAUAGCACCUGACYCAAUGCAAGGGAACCAAAACCUGAGUCUGCAUAGCAUAUUUUUGUGUAAUCUGAGAGAGAGUAACCCAGGGGCAUAAGAAAGGUAAAUUAAAGUUUAGRGAGAUCUCAGUUCCUACUUGUAACCUCAAGCUUGUAUUCUUCAUAUGGAAUUUUAGCCUGACAGUCUGAUUGAAUCUCUCGGCAGAGUUUUUAGAAAUAUGUCAUUGUUUCACUCUGCUCCGUGACGAAGGUCCGUGUCUCUCAGGGACUGUUGACAUUUUGCUGAUAUUUCAUCAAGUUUGGCCCUACCACAGAGCUYCCAGAGGUAAGUGAUUGUAUUCUCUGUAAAGAGAGUGUGUGUUUACCCCCUAGCCUGGGCUGACCCUGCCUCUCAGUGUCCCCGUGGUGCUACUCCCCUCUCUGAUUAAUCAGCCAGGCAAAGGAAUAGGCAAAGCAGCACUUUGCUCCCUGUCUCUGAACCCACAGGCAUAGAUGCUUCUUUUUCCUGCAGUGUGUACAUCUCAUGAUAUGCCCCACUGCAAAUUGCCUGACCAUGGUAGCUGUGACCAGUUUUUGUUGAUAAGAAGUGUCCCUGCUUUAGUGAAUGCACAUACACACUGGACACUGGAAAUUCCAGGCACUAAUGGGAUGCCAUAAGGUCAUUUAAUGGUCCUGAAAUAYGUAUUUUCCCACAGAGCACAAAAGAAUUUGUGCCAGUAGUCCUUGCUUUCUGUAAUUCUAGUAGAAGAUGGGACAUGCUACCAUAUUUGCWGAUCUCCAAAGAGCCUUUGGAGUAUCUGUAUCAUUAGGGUGUUUUUAAAAUGCCCUAAUCACACAUGAUACCUCUGUGUUUCCAGAAGAGCUGAUUGUGGUGGGUAAGCAAAGCCKUGCUCCAUCAAGGAUCAGCCGCUUUGUGAGUAAUUUGGAGCUUGUCUGACCAUAGGCUUUAUUUUCAUGGAAAUGAGGUUUGGAAGUAGUGCUCUCUUGCCCUUCAGACUUUUCCCAAAGAUGCUUUUUAUCUCACCAGCCCUUGUGUCUCACUCACUGUCUUGUGAUUAGCACAGUGCUAAGGCUGCUCUGUGCUGAUGCAGUAAGUAACGUCUCGGUGUUUCAUUGUCACCUUCGCAGCUGUUAGAGAGCACCAGUUCCUUCAGGAUUACCUGCCAGCUGUGAUGCUGUACCUUUUACAUCACGAUUCUCAGAUGACACCUCUCCUUGCUGGCAGACAAGCCAGGUGGGUAGGCAUUGCUCCUCUGAGCUGUUCUGCAUCUCAGGAGGCACAGGCUAUAGCCUGGUAUAGUGUAAAGGAAGUCAAGGACAAGGACAGUGUUGUAAAUAAGGGGCAAAACACAGAGCUGUGUCCUCUUCCAGCUCUGCUGCAGCUGCAGAGAGCAACCUUGGGCAGAUSAGUUCCUCUGYAGCUGCACUUCCCAGGACAGCCUUGCUCCUGCCUGCUGAYUGUGACAGGGGUUUGGUCUCCUGGCUGGGCAGAGGUUGGUUGCUGAUGGAGUUGAAGAAGAUGGGUGUGUGCAGUAGGGGGGAAAUCUUAAACCUUUUAAGCUUUUCAGGAAGUCAUCUUCCUUUUAAGUAGCAUAUCCUUCUUUUCCCCUGAUGCAGAUAAGGUGGUCCAUCGUGGAAAUAYCAGCCUGGAGUAUUAUGGGUAAUAUACCAGGUUAAUUAUAGAGGGGGCAGGAAAAAUAGCCUGUGCAGUUUUCAACAAUAUCAAAGGGAUCCUACCUAAUGAUUUUCCUAUUAGCUCUUUUCCCAGCCUGCCAGAGUUGGUGCAGAAGUGUCAUUUACAAAGGCAGUUUGCAACUCAUUACCCUGGAUUUUCACUGUAGCUCUGCUCCAGAGAGCGUGGGCUUUUGCGGCAUGCCCCAACCUAAUGAAUUGCCUGAUUCGGUUAGUGCUGCCAUCCCUCCUGACAAGGUUAGUUGCUGACUGACAGGAAGGGGCCCAAAUUCAAUUCCCUUCUUGUUUCCGACUCACACUUGUGUCAAGUGCAGGCUCCCUCUGGAAGUUGCCCUGUGAUCUUUUCCCUUUGUUUUUCUGCAUUCUGGGGGAAGCAGCCCAUKCUUGGAGAAGUCCUGGGGCAAGUGGCAGGGGCAUGUGUGCUGCUGCCCCUGGCAGUCCCUGCUCCAUGCCUCAAGUCCCUUUCCAGAUGGAAAAUUCCUUUGCUUUCYUGCUCUGGGACUCUGGGUAUCUCUUUUCUGUCAUUGCUUUGGGAUUUGCUGUCACCUGAACUAGGCUUUGUAACCCUUCAGCAAUAAAUACCUGGGAAAAGUUGUGUGAAUGAUACCGGGGAAAAACACGCAAUAUGGGCUGGGGGAACAGGAUGAUUUCCCACAAUGAGAAGGCGACUGCCCCUGUUGAGAGCGCCAAGGUCUGCUCCAGCCUCCUUGGGCUUUGCCAGGCACUACAACACUGGAGGAAGCUCUUUGUCCUUUUUCACUGGGAGCUSUGUGCUUUUUCAGGCUGGGGGCCUAUGGCUCAAACCCUGCUUGGAGUUGCUCCUGGAGAGGAGAAAUCAAGGCUGUUCCUAUAUCAUGUCAUAAGUGUUCCCAUUUGGAAGCUGAAUUGACUACUGCUCAUUCACCUGGUAGUGCAGAAGCGUGUAGGCCUGAGUAUGGACAGGAAAGCUUGGGACUCCUGCCCUCCUCACUUCCAGAUGUGUGUCCACACCUCUGCUAAAGGCCAUUCUCUGAACCUGUGGUUGAGAUAUCAGAUGCCACCUCCUGAGGCUGCACCUUGCAUCCAGAACGCUUUUUAUGCUCUCUGGGCUGGGAUUGUCGCUGGCCAUGGAUGCUUUAAUGGGAUGUUKUGAGGAUCUGACCUAGCUGGCCCASGGGGGAGGCAGUGAUGCAAGAUGAAUUUGUUUUUACUGCACAUGAUGACUCCUUGCCUUUAAUUAGAUUCCUGUGCCCCCUCUUUCUUGCUGCCCGUGUUUUCUGCUGAACUCCUGUCAGGGAGACCCAGUUGUGGCCAUUUCAGGUGAUUGCUGUGCUCUAAUGAGCCACUUCUGAUGCCCAUUCUGGCUUGUCCAGUGAACCAGGAAAGUGCUCAUCARUGCUCAGAGAACUGACCUCUGCUGGCAGUGCCACUCUCUGCCCAUCAGACCCACUGGUGUGGCUGUGCCCCACAGGAGCUGAGGUGGAGUGGAUCUGAGCUUUCCCAAGUGCUCUUUCACUUCUGAGUGCUGCCUUCUCCCUUGCACAGCAGCACACACACCCACAUGGGCACGAUAUUCCCAUCCUGCCGGUGGGAAUCCAGAUGCUGAGGGACAGAGUGGCUUAUCCCUGGUCAGACCAGAACCAGCAAAGCGAAGAACCAAGCUGUUAUCCCUGCCUCUGCUCUGGGAGCUCUCACUGAUUGCUCUUCUGCCAAGCUAAUGUCCUUUUGCCACACAGCUUUGACUUUUUCCUUAGGCCUGCCCUUUCCCAGGAAGCAUASUGGAUGGAAGGAGCCUGUGCUGGGGCUUUUUCACUUGGACUAUGCUGCAGAGAAGAAUUGGGAAUCCAGACUGUACACAACCCCAGGCUGUGAUCUCCAAUCUCCCCAGCCUUAUCUCAGGUUCUGACGCACUUAGGUGAUCAUAUUUGUGUGGAUUGAAUUCCUGAGACUGAGUCCCUGCUGCUGUGUUGAGGGCAACCCCUCUGUCACCAGGCAAGUGGUUUUAUUUCAUUUCUGAUUUGCAGCAAAAAAGUCAAAACUUGAAGGGGAAUUGUCCCCACCUUGGUCCCAGCCUGGCACUAUGUCAUGGUUCCUACUCUGGCUUCAUGCUCAAGGACCAGGACCCUGAGUAGGACCUGCAGCACUACCUUCUUACACCUCUGUUCAGAUCUGGUUGUGCAAGGUCUGCACAGUAAGUGAUUCCUUAUUGUCCCUUGGGUUUGCUGGGUGACAGUGGACAGUCCCCUCUAAUGGGCAUCUCUUUAGGAGUUCCUGAUAGAGCCCCUCCUUUCCUCUAAAGAUAUGUGGAGCUGCUAAGGUGACCUUCACAGGUGUAUUUGCCUUACAGAGCCCUGACAGUGGGUUUUUGUUCCCUAUGGGAGCUGCUGCCUGUCUGUCCUUCCUCCCUCCCUGCCAGGGUCUYGAUUUUGUUCCCCGUAGGCAACAUCUUACGUGAACCAUCAGCUGCUGCUCCUCGUCCAGCUGGACUCUGUGGUCAUUAUGAGGUGGGUACCUGUCUCUGACAGAGGCCGUACUCAUGGGAGGUCAGAAAUGUCACCCACACGCUCCUAACCUGGUGAUUGAACUGUCAGUGUCUGGAUGAAUCCUCUUGUUCYGUAAACCCAGAGUUCUCUCAAGAGCUGGGGUCAGUCUGGCUGGAGGUUUCUGUGGUUUCCUGGWGGUUGCUAAGGAAAGGAUUGCUUUGCCUUUUGGUCUUGGUGACUUUCUUUUUGCCCUGUCCUAGGCACCRGAGCCCAGCAGAACAUAAUGCUCGUUGUUUCCCAGCACACUACAAUGGCCAGGGCAUAAUUUGUGACUCCUGUCACGGCUGGGCYGGGCGCCUGCCACUUGUUUUUUUCUAAGGCCUCUUUGAAGAAUGACACCAAAGAGCCUUCAACCAGGAGUUUGCAUGUUUACUGCACUCCCCGCCCC